GGCUGCUGGGUAGCCUCAGGUGGGCAACUGCGGCCGCGCCCCCCGUGGUCGCGAGAGUUGGGAGCCUCUCGCAGUGCGUGUGCGGAGGGGAGUCCUCGGACGUCCCCGAUGGCAGCCCGGGUGGUAGCUUGGGAGGCGCUGGGAGACCGGGAAGUCCAGACCCUUUGUCCAACCCCAACCCCGGGCGCCGGCCUGGAGGCGGCGGGCGCGCUGGAGCUGGAGGAGGAGGAAGAGCAGGAGGAGGACGAAGAGGAGGCGGAGGCCAGGAGAGCGCGGACUUUCGCCCAGGACGCGCGGGUGCGCUUCCUCGGUGGCCGCCUGGAGCUGAUGCUGGGGCUCCGGGCGGAGAAAUGGAGCCAGCAUUUGGAGAGCGAGGACAACCGGCAGGUCCUGGGGGAGUUUCUGGAGGGCCCCGGCCCGGCCUGCCUGGUGUUCAGUGUCGCCGCCGAGGGGCAGCUCGCGGCCUCCCGGCAGAUUCCAACAGACACAAAACAUAAACUUGUUUAUAUUGCCAAGAAGGUUACUGGAAGCAUUGGAGUAAAUGAUUUCUUUCAAACAGUUUUAUUUGGAGAGUUACCUGCCUCAUCUCUUGGACAUGUAACUGCUUUCCUGGAUGAGAUUUUAGUGCCGAUUCUUUCUAACAGGAACAACCAUAGAUCCUGGUCCUGUUUUAUCUCACAAGACAUGGAGCGUCACGUCGAGCUCAUGAAACAUACAAUGCACAUUUUUAGGGGUAAAAUGUUGAGAAGAACUCUUCUACCAAUUCCCACUAUUGCAGGGAGGAUUGACCUGGAUCAGAAAUCUCCAGAGACCAAGCUAGAGCCCCGUGAAAGGACAGUGCUCCAUGCAAUUGAGUCUGUGGUUAUUAAAUGGUCACAUCAAAUCCAAGAAAUUAUAGAGAAAGAUUCAGUGCAGCCUCUGCUGACCAGUCUUUGCUCGAAUCCUCAAACUGAACUGGAUUUCUGGACGAUGAGGAAAGAGAACCUAUCGUGCAUUUAUGAUCAACUUCAGGCUCCUACUGUCCUCAAAAUGGUUAAGAUCUUGAAAACUAAACGAAGCAGCUAUUUCCCCACUUGGAAGGACAUUUUCGUGGCUGUGAAGAAGGCUCUCCUCGAAGCCCAGGACGUGGAACUCCACCUGCGACCACUGAGGAGGCACAUUCAGUGUCUGCAGGAGACACAAUUCCCGCAGGCCCGUGGACUAAUCGCCCCGUUGUUUCACACCAUCUGUCUGAUCUGGAGCCACUCCAAGUUUUAUAACACCCCCGCUCGGGUUAUAGUUCUGUUGCAAGCGUUUUGUAAUCUCUUCAUCGAUCAGGCAAUAGCUUACCUUUCACCUGAAGACCUCCUGAAAGGAGAAAUUGAUGACUCCCUGGAAAAGGUGCAGGUGGCCAUUCAUGUCUUAAAGACCUUCAAAACUUCUUUUUUCAACUACAGAAAAGGAUUGGCAAACUAUUUUAUGGGAAACAAGGAGGCGAAACCCUGGGAUUUCCAGCCUCAUCUGGUGUUUUGUAGAUUUGACAAAUUUCUGGACCGCUUCAUGAAAAUAGAGGACAUAUUUGUUACCAUAAUGGAGUUUGAAAAGCUGGAGAGACUUGAAUUUGGUGGGACCAAGGGAGCCAUUCUGAAUGGGCAAAUCCGCGAGAUGACUGAAGAAUUUACGGAACUCUGUAAAAUUUUCCAGCAGAGCACGUAUGACCCAUCUGAUUACAAUAACAUGGAAUUUGAAAGUGAUUAUGUUCUGUUUAAGUCCAAAACUUUGGAUUUUGACAGAAGGCUUGGGACGAUUCUUUGCGAAGGUUUUUUUAACUGCAAUGGUUUGGAAGCUGCAUUUAAGCUUUUGACCAUAUUUGGGAAUUUCCUGGAGAAACCAGUUGUCAUGGAAAUUUUCAGCCCACAUUACAGCACCCUGGUGCACAUGUUUAAUCACGAGUUGGAUAUGUGUAAGCAGUUGUAUGAUGAACACAUGAAACAGAUUGAACGUGGACAUGUAAUUCUUAACAAGAAUAUGCCAUUCGCCUCAGGAAAUAUCAAGUGGGCAAAAGAGGUCCUGGAACGACUUCAGACGUUUUGGGCAAACUUCACAUCUCUCCAGUGUCUAUUCGUGGAAAGUCCUGACGAUGUCUUGGUUCGUCAGAAGUAUGUUGAAAUGACAACUCUGCUAGACCAGUUUGAAAAGCAUAUCUUUAACGAAUGGAAAAGCAACGUGGAUGAAGUCUGUGAAUUUAAUUUGAACCAGCCCUUGGUCAAAUUCAGUGCCAUAAAUGGUCUUCUCAGUGUCAACUUUGACCCAAAGCUAGUGGCUGUCUUGAGGGAAGUGAAAUACCUCUUGAUGCUGAAGAAGUCAGACGUGCCAGAUUCAGCCUCAGCCAUCUUCCAGAAAAGGAGCACCAUUUUAAAGUAUGUUGGAAAUCUUGAACUGCUCGUGCAAGGAUACAACAAGCUGAAACAGACUCUGCUGGAAGUUGAAUACCCUCUGAUUGAAGACGAGCUGCGGGCUGUGGAUGAGCAGCUACAGGUGGCUGCGACAUCGCUCACGUGGCAGGAUGACUGCUGGGGAUACAUCGAGAGGGUGAAAGCGGCCACCUGGGAGCUGGAGUGCAGGGUCGAGCGCACGCAGCACAAUGUCAAAGUCAUCCAGCAGACCAUGCGGGCCUGGGCCGAGUGCACGCUCCUUCCCCGGAGAGAGCACCGGAGGGAGACCACCUUCACUUUGGAGGACAAGGGCGAUUUGUUUACCAAGAAGUACAAGCUCAUCCAAGAGGACGGCUGCAAGAUACACGAGUUGGUGGAGGAAAAUAGGAAGCUCUUCAAAGCCGAUCCUUCUCUGGACACCUGGAAGAUUUACGUGGAAUUCAUUGAUGACCUCGUGGUGGAAGGCUUUUUUCAAGCCAUCAUGCACGACUUAGACUUCUUUCUGAAGAAUACGGAGAAGCAACUGAAACCUGCACCAUUUUUUCAAGCACAGAUGGUCUUAAUGCCCCCUGAGAUUCUGUUUAAACCUCCUUUAGAAAGAGAGGCUGGGGAUGGCUUCUAUGAUCUGGUAGAAGAAACACUAUGCAAUAGUUUUAGAAUGUCGGCCCAGAUGAAGCGAGUAGCAGCACAUCUGGAAAUAGCAAAUUAUCAGAAUGACAUGGAUAACAUGUUAGGCCUGGUGGAGGCCAGGCAAGAGAUAAUGAACAGAGUGGCAGGCAUCAUCAGCAAAGUCUUGGACUUCAGAAAUACCCUGGACACAUACGCUUACCUCUGGGUGGAUGACCGGGCUGAGUUCAUGAGGCAUUUUCUGCUGUAUGGCCAAACUGCCUCAUCCGAGGAAAUGGAUGCUCACACAAAUGAGGAGAUCCCUGAACAACCACCCACCCUGGAACAAUUCAAGGAACAGAUUGACAUUUAUGAGGCUUUAUAUGGUCAGAUGAGCAAGUUCAGUGACUUCAGAGUGUUUGAUGGUUGGUUCAAAGUGGACAUGAAGCCUUUCAAAGUGAACUUGCUACACAUUAUUAAGAAAUGGAGCUGGAUGUUUCAGGAGCAUCUUCUGAGAUUUGUCAUCGACAGUCUGAAUGAGCUGCAAGAAUUUAUAAAGCAGACUGACGCCGGACUUCAGAGAGAAUUAGGUGAAGGUGAUCACGAUGGUCUAGUUGACAUCAUGGGGCAUCUUCUGGCUGUGAGAAGCCGACAGAGAGAUACUGAUGAACUGUUUGAGCCACUAAAAGAAACCAUCACACUUUUGGAAACCUACGGCCAGAAGAUGCCUGAGCAUGUCUACCUCCAGCUAGAGGAAUUACCUGAAAGAUGGGAAACUACCAAAAAGAUUGCAGCAACUGUCCGACAUGAAGUUUCGCCUCUCCAAAAUGCAGAAGUCACUCUUAUAAGGAAAAAAUGUAUUUUAUUUGAUGCGAAGCAAGCCAAGUUCAGAGAGAGGUUCAGACUCUGUGCUCCUUUCGGUUUCCAUGCAGAAAACCCAUACCCAGUGCUUGACAAGGCAAACCAAGAGCUUGAGGCAUUAGAAGAAGAAAUGUUGCAGAUGCAAGAAUCGACCCAUCUUUUUGAGGUGGCUCUUCCAGAGUACAAACACAUGAAGCAGUGUCGCAGAGAAAUAAAACUGCUUAAGGGGCUCUGGGAUGUCAUUGUUUAUGUUAAAAGAAGCAUUGAUAAUUGGACUAAAACCCAGUGGAGACAGAUUAAUGCGGAACAGAUGGAUGUAGAACUCAGAAGGUUUGCCAAGGAAAUCUGGUCACUAGACAAGGAAGUGCGUGUCUGGGAUGCGUACACAGGCCUAGAGGGCACCGUGAAGGACAUGACCGCUGUCCUCAGGGCUGUCGCAGAGCUGCAGAGCCCGGCCCUCAGAGACAGGCACUGGCACCAGCUCAUGAAGGCCACUGGGGUCAACUUUUCAAUAAACGAAGCCACAACUUUGGCAGACUUAUUGGCCCUGCAGUUACACCGAGUGGAAGAUGAUGUGCGAAGCAUCGUGGACAAAGCAGUGAAGGAACUGGGGACCGAGAAGGUUAUAACCGAAAUCAGUCUGACCUGGGCAACGAUGGAGUUCUCUUAUGAAGUUCACUAUCGGACAGGCAUUCCAUUGUUAAAGUGUGAGGAGCAACUUUUUGAAACUCUAGAGCACAACCAAGUUCAGUUGCAGACUCUGCUUCAAAGCAAGUAUGUGGAGUACUUCAUUGAGCAAGUCUUAAGCUGGCAACACAAAUUAAACAUAGCAGACUCGGUCAUCUUUACCUGGAUGGAAGUCCAGCGGACUUGGUCUCACCUGGAAAGCAUCUUCGUCUGUUCCGAAGAUAUUCGAACCCAGCUUGUGAAUGACGCUAGAAGAUUCGAUGGGGUAGAUGCUGAAUUUAAGGAGUUAAUGUUCAAGACAGCUACAAUCAGAAAUGUUUUAGAAGCUACAUGCAGACCUAAUCUCUAUGACAAACUUAAAGAUUUGCAGUACAGGCUUUCUCUUUGUGAAAAAGCUCUCGCCGAGUACCUGGAAACCAAGCGCGUGGCUUUCCCACGCUUCUAUUUCAUCUCUUCUGCAGACUUACUUGACAUUCUCUCGAAGGGAGCCCAGCCUAAACAGGUAACACGUCACCUUGCCAAACUCUUCGACAGCAUCGCAGAUCUGCAGUUUGAAGACCAUCAGGAUGUUUCUGCCCACAGAGCAAUUGGCAUGUCCAGCAAAGAAAAGGAAUAUGUCCCAUUCCAAGCCGAGUGCGAAUGCAUUGGCCACGUGGAAACGUGGCUUCUGCAACUUGAACAGACCAUGCAAGAAACGGUGCGACAUUCUAUCACAGAAGCCAUAGCAGCCUAUGAGGAAAAACCUAGGGAACUGUGGAUUUUCGAUUUCCCGGCUCAAGUUGCCCUAACCAGCUCGCAGAUCUGGUGGACGACGGAUGUAGGGAUAGCCUUCAGCAGGCUGGAGGAAGGCUAUGAAACAGCCCUAAAGGAUUUCCAUAAAAAACAGAUUUCCCAGCUGAAUGCGCUGAUUGCACUUUUGCUGGGAGAACUUCCACCUGGAGACAGGCAGAAGAUCAUGACGGUCUGCACCAUAGAUGUCCACGCCCGGGAUGUGGUGGCAAAGCUGAUCUCUCAGAAGGUCGUCAGUCCCCAGGCGUUUGCUUGGCUGUCUCAACUCCGUCACCGGUGGGAGGACACCCGGAAGCACUGCUUCGUUAACAUUUGUGAUGCCCAGUUCCAGUACUUCUAUGAAUAUUUAGGAAACAGUCCUCGACUUGUGAUCACUCCUCUAACCGACAGGUGUUACAUUACUCUGACUCAGUCACUGCACCUGACCAUGAGUGGGGCUCCAGCCGGCCCCGCUGGUACCGGGAAAACCGAAACCACCAAAGAUCUUGGACGUGCCCUUGGCAUGAUGGUUUAUGUGUUCAACUGUUCAGAGCAAAUGGACUACAAGUCCAUAGGAAACAUCUACAAGGGGUUGGUGCAGACCGGAGCCUGGGGCUGCUUUGAUGAGUUCAAUCGGAUUUCUGUGGAAGUUCUGUCCGUGGUGGCAGUGCAGGUGAAAAUGAUACAUGAUGCCAUCAGAAACAGGAAGAAGAGAUUUGUGUUUCUCGGGGAAGCUAUCACACUGAAGCCGUCCGUUGGAAUAUUUAUAACCAUGAACCCAGGGUAUGCUGGUCGGACCGAAUUACCGGAAAAUCUCAAAGCUCUUUUCAGACCCUGUGCCAUGGUGGCCCCUGACAUUGAGCUCAUCUGCGAAAUCAUGCUGGUUGCUGAAGGUUUUGUGGACGCACGCUCAUUAGCCCAGAAGUUCGUUACAUUGUACACGCUCUGCAGGGAGCUCCUCUCCAAGCAGGAUCAUUAUGACUGGGGACUUCGAGCUAUUAAAUCUGUCUUGGUCGUAGCUGGCUCCCUGAAACGAGGAGAUAAAAAUAGACCUGAAGACCAGGUACUCAUGAGAGCAUUAAGGGACUUCAAUAUGCCUAAAAUAGUGACUGAGGACAUCCCUGUGUUUCUGGGCCUGGUGGGUGACCUGUUCCCAGCGCUGGACGUGCCCCGAAGGAGGGCCCCGCACUUGGAGCAGAUGGCCAGGCAGUCCGCCCUGGAGCUCCGCCUGCAGUCCGAGGAGAGCUUCAUCCUCAAGGUCGUCCAGCUCGAGGAACUGCUGGCCGUGCGGCACUCUGUCUUCGUGGUUGGAAACGCAGGCACCGGCAAGAGUCAGAUUUUGAGAACACUGAACCGAACAUAUGUUAACAUGAAACAAAAACCCAUUUGGAAUGACUUAAACCCUAAAGCUGUGACGACAGAUGAGCUCUUCGGUUUCAUACAUCAUGCUACCCGAGAAUGGAAAGAUGGUCUCUUCUCAUCCAUUCUGCGAGAACAAGCAAAUCUUCCGCAUGAUGGACCGAAAUGGAUCGUCCUGGAUGGAGAUGUUGACCCCUUGUGGAUCGAAUCACUGAACACUGUCAUGGAUGACAACAAGGUGCUGACCUUGGCCAGCAAUGAGCGCAUAGCCCUCACGCCCUCCAUGAGGCUGCUCUUCGAGAUCCAUCACUUAGGGACAGCCACCCCGGCCACUGUGUCCAGAGCUGGUGUCCUCUAUGUGAACCCACAAGAUUUGGGCUGGAAUCCGUACGUGGCCAGCUGGAUAGACAGGAGGCAGCAUCAAUCAGAAAAGGCCAACUUAACGAUUCUGUUUGAGAAAUACGUUCCUGCGUGCUUGGAGAAGCUGAGAACAAGCUUUAAAACCAUCACUUUGAUCCCAGAGAACAGCCUGGUGCAGACUAUUUGUGCUCUUCUGGAAUGUCUGCUGACUCCGGAAAAUGUACCUUCCGACAGCCCAAAGGAGGUUUAUGAAGUCUAUUUCGUCUUUGCUUGUAUCUGGGCCUUCGGAGGGGCCCUGCUGCAAGACCAGCUUUCUGGUUGCCAAGCGGAGUUCAGCCGGUGGUGGCAUAAGGAGAUGAAAGCAGUCAAGUUUCCGUCUCAGGGAACAGUCUUCGAUUAUUAUCUGGACCACACUACCAGGAAGUUUCUGCCGUGGACUGAUAAGAUCCCCAAAUUCACGAUGGAUCCGGAUCUGCCCCUGCAGAGAGUUCUGGUUCACACAUCAGAGACAACUCGUCUUAGAUAUUUCACACAGUUGUUGCUUGAGAAGGGACAGCCACUAAUGCUGGUAGGACAGGCCGGAGUGGGAAAAACAGUCUUUGUCAGGGACACACUGGCCAGUCUCUCUGAGGAUUACAUAGUGUCCUGCGUGCCUUUCAACUACUACACAACGUCUGCAGCUCUGCAAAGAAUUCUUGAGAAACCUCUAGAGAAAAAAGCUGGUCGCAAUUACGGCCCGGGAGGAAACAAAAAGUUGGUUUACUUCAUUGACGACAUGAACAUGCCCGAAGUGGACUUCUACGGCACUGUCCAGCCCCACACCCUGAUUCGGCAGCACAUUGAUUACGGACACUGGUAUGACAGACAGAAGGUGAUGCUUAAAGAAAUCCACAACUGCCAGUACGUGGCCUGCAUGAACCCGAUGGUGGGCAGUUUCACCAUCAACCCCAGACUUCAGAGACAUUUCACAGUGUUUGCAUUCAACUUUCCGUCCUUGGAUGCUCUGAGCACCAUCUACAGCCGUAUCCUCGGUUCCCAUUUCCGGCAGCACGCCUUUGGCCCCUCGGUGCUCAGGAGCGGCCCCGCCCUGGUGCAGGCAGCGGUCGCGGUCCACCAGGUGAUGGCCCGCCACUUUGCACCCACGGCCGUUAGAUUCCACUACCUCUUCAAUCUGAGAGACCUCUCGAACGUCUUCCAGGGGAUUUUAUUUGCUUCUCCUGAAUGUUUAAAGGGCUCAGAUGAUUUAAUACACCUGUGGCUUCAUGAAUCGUCUCGUGUCUAUGGAGACAAACUGAUAGACACCAAAGAUGGUGAUUUGUUUCAGAGAAAAAUGCUGGAAACUGCACAUAAACAUUUUGAAGGGGCAGACAGUCGUGUUCUGCUUCAACAGCCCCUCCUCUAUUGCCACCUCGCUACUGGUGGGGACGAGCCACGUUACAUGCCAGUGAAGGACUGGGAGGUGCUGAAGACGAUUCUUACAGAGGCGUUAGACAGCUACAACGAGCUGAACGCUGCCAUGCACCUCGUUCUGUUUGAAGACGCCAUGCAGCACGUGUGUCGCAUCAGCCGAAUCCUCCGGACCCCUCAGGGCUAUGCCCUGCUGAUCGGAGUGGGCGGCAGCGGCAAGCAGAGCUUGUCCCGGCUGGCAGCCCACAUCUGCGGCCUGGACGUCUUCCAGACCACUCUGACCCAAGGCUUCGGGAUCCAAGAACUUCGGGGAGAUCUUGCCAAUCUGUACAUCAGAGCCGGAGCCAAGAACAUGCCCACUGUGUUCCUGCUGACAGAUGCCCAGGUUCUAGAUGAGAGCUUCCUCGUGCUGAUUAAUGACUUGCUGGCAUCAGGGGCAGGCGACAUCCCAGAUCUCUUCAGCGAUGAAGAUGUGGACAAGAUUAUUUCUGGAAUUCGUAAUGAAGUGCGUGCUCUGGGCCUGGUGGACUCCAGAGAAAACUGUUGGCAAUUCUUUCUGGCCAGGGUGCGACGACAGCUGAAAGUCAUUCUGUGUUUCUCUCCGGUUGGUCACACGCUGAGAGCUCGAGCUCGGAAGUUCCCAGCCAUAGUGAACUGCGCGGCUAUUGACUGGUUUCAUGCGUGGCCGCAGGAGGCCCUGGUCUCCGUCAGCAGGAGGUUCAUUGAAGAAAUCAAAGGGAUCGAGCCUCCAGACAAAGAUUCUAUUAGCUUUUUCAUGGCACACGUUCACACCAGCGUCAAUGAAAUGAGCACCAGGUAUUACCAAAAUGAGAGAAGAUACAACUAUACCACUCCAAAGAGUUUUCUGGAACAAAUAUCCCUGUUUAAGAACCUGCUGAAGAAGAAACAAAAAGAGGUCUCCCAGAAGAAGGAGCACUUGGUGAAUGGCAUCCAGAAGCUGAAAACCACAGCCUCUCAGGUGGGAGAUCUGAAAGCCAGACUGGCCUCUCAGGAAGCCGAGCUGCAGCGGAGAAACCAGGAUGCCGAAGCUCUGAUCUCAAAGAUCGGGCUGCAGACAGAGAGAGUGAGCCGGGAAAAGGCCAUCGCCGACGCCGAGGAGCAAAAGGUGACAGCCAUUCAGACCGAAGUGUCCCAGAAACAGAAGGAGUGUGAGGCCGACUUGCUCAAGGCCGAGCCUGCGCUGGUGGCCGCUACAGCUGCACUUAAUACACUCAACAGGGUCAACCUCACUGAGCUGAAAGCCUUCCCCAACCCCCUGAAUGCGGUUACCAACGUCACUGCGGCGGUGAUGGUGCUUAUGGCCCCCCGGGGCAGAGUGCCGAAAGACCGAAGUUGGAAAGCAGCCAAAGUCUUCAUGGGAAAGGUUGAUGAUUUUCUGCAAGCCUUAAUUAACUACGACAAAGAGCACAUUCCAGAGAACUGCCUAAAAGUGGUGAAUGAACAGUAUUUGAAAGACCCAGAGUUUAAUCCCAACCUGAUUCGGACCAAGUCUUUCGCAGCAGCUGGUCUCUGUGCUUGGGUCAUCAAUAUCAUUAAAUUCUAUGAGGUCUACUGUGAUGUGGAGCCCAAACGCCAAGCAUUAGCCCAAGCAAACUCAGAAUUGGCUGCAGCUACUGAAAAACUCGAAGCUCUCAGGAAAAAGCUUGAGGACCUGGAUCGAAAUCUGAGCAGACUCACAGCGUCAUUUGAAAAAGCGACAGCUGAGAAAGCUCGGUGCCAAGAGGAGGUGAACCAAACAAACAAAACCAUUGAACUAGCCAACAAACUCGUCAAGGAACUUGAGUCGGAGAAAAUUCGCUGGGGUCAAUCUAUUAAAUCCUUUGAAGCUCAAGAGAAGACACUCUGUGGAGACGUUCUCCUAGCGGCAGCCUUUGUGUCUUAUGUUGGGUCCUUUACGAAGCAGUACCGUCAGGAACUGGUAGACUGCAAGUGGCUUCCCUUUCUCCAGCGCAAGGUUUCAAUCCCAAUGACGGAAGGCCUGGACUUGAUCGCCAUGUUAACGGAUGAUGCUACAGUCGCCACCUGGAAUAACGAAGGACUGCCCAGUGACAGAAUGUCAACCGAGAAUGCCACAAUCUUAACCCACUGUGAGCGCUGGCCCCUGCUGAUAGAUCCCCAGCAACAGGGAAUUAAGUGGAUCAAGAACAAGUACGGAACUGACCUGAAAGUCACACACGUGGGCCAGAAAGGGUUUUUGAAUGCCAUCGAAACUGCCCUAGCCUUCGGAGAUGUCAUCUUAAUUGAAAACCUCGAGGAAACAAUAGAUCCCGUCCUUGAUCCACUGCUUGGCAGGAACACAAUUAAAAAAGGAAAGUAUAUCAGGAUUGGAGGUAAAGAGUGUGAAUUUAACAGGAACUUCCGGCUUCUCCUUCACACAAAGCUGGCAAAUCCUCACUACAAGCCAGAAUUGCAAGCUCAGACAACCCUCCUCAAUUUCACCGUCACGGAAGAUGGUCUAGAAGCCCAGCUGCUGGCAGAGGUGGUCAGUAUUGAGAGGCCAGAUUUGGAGAAACUUAAGUUGGUUCUGACCAAGCACCAGAAUGACUUUAAGAUAGAGCUGAAGCACCUGGAGGACGACCUCCUCCUGCGCCUCUCUGCCGCAGAGGGGAGCUUUCUGGAUGACACCAAGCUGGUAGAGAGACUGGAGACCACAAAGGCAACCGCCGCAGAGAUAGAGCAUAAGGUGAUCGAAGCCAAAGACAACGAAGAGAAAAUCAACGAGGCCCGAGAGCGUUACAGACCGGUGGCGGCGAGAGCCUCUCUUCUUUAUUUUGUCAUUAACGACCUCAGAAAAGUCAACCCCAUCUACCAGUUCUCUUUGAAGGCUUUCAAGGCGCUCUUCCACAGAGCUAUCGAGCAGGCGGACAAGGUGGAGGACACGCAGGGGCGCAUCUCGGUGCUCAUGGAGAGCAUAACCCACGCCACCUUCCUCUACGCCAGCCAGGCACUCUUUGAGAAAGACAAGCUCACCUUCCUGACCGAGAUGGCUUUUCAGAUUUUGUUGAGAAAGAAAGAGAUAGACCCUGUAGAAUUGGAUUUCCUGCUCCGAUUCACAAUUGAACACACGUACCUGAGUCCCGUCGACUUCCUAACCACUCAGUCAUGGAGUGCAAUUAAGGCAAUAGCCCUUAUGGAAGAAUUUCGAGGCAUAGACCGAGAUGUGGAAGGAUCUGCCAAGCAGUGGAGGAAGUGGGUAGAAUCCGAGUGUCCUGAAAAAGAAAAGUUACCGCAAGAAUGGAAGAAGAAAAGUUUAAUACAGAAGCUGAUUAUUUUGAGAGCACUGCGCCCUGACAGGAUGACAUACGCUCUCAGGAAUUUCGUGGAGGAGAAACUGGGUGCAAAGUAUGUGGAGCGGACCAGGCUGGACUUAGUUAAAGCCCUGGAAGAGAGCAGCCCCGCCACGCCCGUGUUCUUCAUCCUGUCUCCGGGGGUGGAUGCCCUCAAAGACCUCGAGGCCCUGGGCAAAAGACUUGGGUUUACCAUUGACUCGGGAAAAUUCCACAACGUGUCUUUAGGACAAGGUCAGGAGACAGUGGCAGAAAGGGCACUGGAGAAGGCUUCCAACGGAGGACACUGGGUCAUACUCCAAAAUGUCCAUUUGGUAGCCAAGUGGCUGGGAACCUUGGAGAAACUCAUUGAAAGAUUCAGCCAAGGAAGCCACAGAGACUACAGGGUUUUCAUGAGCGCCGAGACUGCACCCACACCAAGUGAGCACAUCAUCCCUCAGGGACUCCUGGAAAAUUCCAUUAAGAUCACUAAUGAACCCCCCACGGGAAUGCUGGCCAAUUUACAUGCCGCUCUCUACAACUUCGAUCAGGAUACACUCGAAGUGUGCUCCAAGGAGCAGGAGUUUAAAGGCAUCCUCUUCGCUCUGUGCUAUUUCCACGCCUGCGUGGCUGGGAGACUGAGGUUCGGCCCCCAAGGCUGGAGCCGCAGCUACCCCUUCAGUCCCGGAGACCUCACCAUCUGUGCCGACGUCCUCUACAACUACUUAGAGGCGAACCCUCACGUCCCGUGGGAAGACCUCCGGUACCUUUUUGGUGAGAUCAUGUAUGGGGGCCACAUCACCGACGACUGGGACCGCAAACUGUGCCAGGUGUAUUUAGAAGAAUUCAUGAAUCCAUCUCUGAUCGAAGAUGAACUGAUGCUGGCACCAGGCUUUGCAGCCCCGCCGAAUCUGGAUUAUGCAGGCUACCACCAGUACGUAGAGGAGAUGCUUCCUCCAGAGAGCCCAGCGCUGUACGGCCUGCACCCAAACGCGGAGAUAGAGUUCCUGACAGUGACGUCCAACACCCUCUUCAGAACUUUGCUGGAGAUGCAGCCCAGCAAUGCCCUCGUCAGCGAAGAGCUGGGCCAGUCCACAGAAGACAAGGUUAAGAAUGUCUUGGAUGACAUUUUGGAGAGACUCCCCGAAGAGUUCAACAUGGCAGACAUCACGCAGAAGCACCCCAACAGAACCCCCUAUGUUCUGGUUUGCUUCCAAGAAUGCGAGAGGAUGAACGUGCUCCUUCGGGAAAUCCGCGUGUCACUCCAACAGCUAGACCUCGGUUUGAAGGGGGAGCUGACGCUGUCGCCUGCCGUGGAAGCCCUGCAGUCCGCCUUGAGCUAUGACACGGUACCAGACACCUGGAGCAAACUGGCUUAUCCAUCCGCCUACGGCCUGGCCAAAUGGUUUAAUGACCUCCUCGUACGAUGUCGGGAACUGGACACGUGGACACAAGAUCUUGCCCUCCCGGCUGUGGUGUGGCUUUCCGGCCUCUUCAACCCUCAGUCCUUCUUAACCGCAAUCAUGCAGACCAUGGCUCGAAAAAACGAGUGGCCACUGGACAAAAUGUGCUUGACGGUUGACGUGACCAAAAAAACCAAGGAGGAGUACGGCCACCCGCCACGGGAAGGCGCCUACCUGCACGGGCUCUUCAUGGAAGGUGCGAGAUGGGACGCCCAGGCAGGCACCAUCGUGGACGCCCGCCUCAAGGAGCUGACGUCGGCGAUGCCCGUCGUCUUUGCCAGAGCCGUCCCCGUGGACAGACAGGAGACCAAGCACACCUACGAGUGCCCUGUGUAUAGAACCAAGGCGAGGGGCCCCAACUACAUCUGGACCUUCAGGUUGAGGAGCAGAGCGAAGACGGCCAAGUGGGUCCUGGCAGGUGUGGCUCUGCUGCUGGAGGCCUAG